AUGUGAUUAAGCGCCGGAGGGGCGGGCUGAUCGAACAGCGGGACAUCAUCAAGGCGCACGAGGCUCACAAGAUGCAGAGCACGCCGCAGGCGAGGCGGAAGGAGUGGGAGAUGGCUCGCUUUGGGGAGGCGGUGGCUGGCCGCCUGGGAUCCGGAGAUGCGGGCUCUGAACAGAACAGGAUCCGCCAAGGACCCCCCGCGCCUUCCGGAGCGACCCCGGGAGCCUUCAAGCAAACCAAAGCGCAGAGGGCCAGGACUAUGGCUCUGUACAACCCCAUCCCAGUCCGACAGAACUGCUUCACAGUCAACAGAUCCCUCUUCCUCUUUGGGGAAGAUAACAUGGUCAGGAAAUACGCCAAGAAGCUCAUCGACUGGCCGCCCUUUGAAUACAUGAUCCUGGCCACCAUCAUUGCAAACUGCAUCGUCCUAGCGCUGGAGCAGCACCUCCCCGAGGAUGACAAGACACCCAUGUCCCGACGACUAGAGAAGACAGAGCCUUACUUCAUUGGGAUCUUUUGCUUUGAAGCUGGAAUUAAAAUAGUUGCUCUGGGAUUUGUUUUCCACAAGGGCUCAUACCUCCGGAAUGGCUGGAACGUCAUGGACUUCAUCGUGGUCCUCAGUGGCAUCCUCGCCACGGCUGGAACUCACUUCAACACCCAUGUGGACCUGCGGACCCUGAGAGCGGUGCGUGUGCUCAGGCCUCUGAAGCUCGUCUCAGGCAUUCCCAGCUUACAGAUCGUGUUGAAGUCCAUCAUGAAGGCCAUGGUGCCCCUUCUCCAGAUAGGCCUCCUGCUCUUUUUCGCUAUUCUGAUGUUUGCCAUCAUCGGCCUGGAGUUCUACAGUGGGAAACUGCACCGAGCUUGCUACACGAAUAAUUCAGGUGAACUGGAAGAACUGGAUCCCCCACAUCCGUGUGGGGUGCAGGGAUGCCCCUUGGGUUACGAGUGCAAGGAGUGGAUUGGUCCCAACGACGGGAUCACUCAGUUUGACAACAUCCUCUUUGCUGUGCUGACUGUCUUCCAGUGCAUUACCAUGGAAGGGUGGACCACAGUGCUGUACAAUACCAAUGAUGCCUUAGGAGCCACCUGGAACUGGCUGUACUUCAUCCCCCUCAUCAUCAUCGGCUCCUUCUUUGUUCUUAACCUUGUCCUGGGAGUGCUUUCUGGGGAAUUUGCCAAAGAGCGAGAGCGGGUGGAGAACCGCAGAGCCUUCAUGAAGCUGCGUCGCCAGCAGCAGAUCGAACGGGAAUUGAAUGGCUAUAGGGCGUGGAUAGACAAAGCAGAGGAAGUAAUGCUGGCUGAAGAGAAUAAAAAUGCUGGGACAUCAGCCUUGGAAGUGCUCAGGAGAGCAACCAUCAAAAGGAACCGGACAGAAGCAGUGAAUCGUGACUCGAGUGACGAACAUUGUGUCGAUAUCUCCUCCGUGGGUACCCCUCUCGCUCGUGGCAGCAUCAGGAGUGCUAAAGUGGAUGGCGCCUCCUAUUUCCGGCACAAGGAGCGACUUCUGCGCAUCUCCGUUCGCCAUAUGGUGAAAUCCCAAGUGUUUUAUUGGACCGUCUUGAGCUUGGUGGCUCUCAACACUGCCUGCGUGGCCAUUGUCCAUCACAACCAGCCUCCGUGGCUCACCCACCUCCUCUACUAUGCAGAGUUCCUGUUCCUUGGGCUCUUCCUCCUGGAGAUGUCCUUAAAGAUGUAUGGAAUGGGGCCGCGCCUUUACUUUCAUUCCUCUUUCAACUGCUUUGACUGUGGGGUCACAGUAGGAAGCAUCUUUGAAGUGGUCUGGGCUAUCUUCAGACCAGGAACCUCUUUUGGGAUCAGCGUCUUACGAGCCCUCCGUCUUCUGAGAAUAUUUAAAAUAACAAAGUAUUGGGCAUCCCUGAGGAAUUUGGUGGUCUCCCUGAUGAGCUCCAUGAAGUCGAUAAUCAGCUUGCUCUUCCUCCUUUUCCUCUUCAUUGUUGUCUUUGCUCUGUUGGGAAUGCAGCUGUUUGGAGGCAGAUUUAAUUUCAUGGAUGGGACUCCUUCUGCAAACUUCGACACAUUCCCUGCAGCCAUCAUGACAGUGUUUCAGAUCCUGACGGGCGAGGACUGGAAUGAGGUGAUGUACAACGGGAUCCGCUCCCAGGGUGGAGUCCGCUCAGGCAUGUGGUCCUCCAUCUACUUCAUCAUCCUCACCUUGUUUGGAAACUACACCCUGCUGAAUGUGUUCUUGGCCAUCGCUGUGGACAACCUAGCCAAUGCUCAGGAGCUGACAAAGGAUGAGCAGGAGGAAGAGGAGGCUUUUAACCAAAAGCAUGCCCUGCAGAAAGCCAAGGAAGUCAGCCCGAUGUCUGCUCCAAACAUGCCCUCCAUUGAGAGGGACAGGAGAAGGCGACAUCACAUGUCAGUGUGGGAGCAGCGUACCAGUCAGCUCCGCAGGCACAUGCAGAUGUCCAGCCAGGAGGGCCUCAACAAGGAUGCCCCUCCCUUGAUCAACCCUCACGCCAGCAUAUUCAGGAGGAAAAUUCCUGGGGAAAAUGUAACCCUGGAGAAGGGUGAAGAGGAUCAUGGAGGCAGCGCAGAGCACCCGCAGGCGGAAUGCCUGGACCAACCCAUCGCAGGCACCAACUCAUGCCCAAGCACCAAAGAGGACCAGAAAAGCCCAUCCCCUCAAGCCACGAGAGACAGGGAACAAUGGCAUCAGAAAUCAUGCCAUGGGAACUGUGAUCUGACUGAGCAGGAUGGGGGAGGGAGAGGAGGCGGAGGGGGAGGCGCAGGGAUUGAAGAUCGAGCACGGUUGAGGCAGAGCCAGAGGCGCAGCCGGCACCGGAGAGUGAGAACUGAGGGGAAGGAGCCAUCUGGGGCCCUGGAGAGCAGGUCAGCCAGCCAAAAGGCCGGCCUGGAGGAAGCCAAUCCCACAGAAGGAGAGCAGGCCAGAAAUGAAGGGGGGAAGGAGGACACGAAUCAGGAGGAGCCACUGGCGGGAGAGGAGCUGAACAGAACCAAUGAAAUCCCAGCCGGUGAUGCUGCCUUUGCUGGGGCUAUGCAGGAAGUGAGUCCCCUCAAAGUCCCCCUUGAGCUCAACGAGGAGAAGAACACUAGUUUGACAGAGCAGGACUGCAGCGGCCUGGACACCAGUGACCAAGCCCUGCUGGGCAGCUUGCAGAUGGAGAUGAGCAGAGCCGUCAGCAGGAGCGAACCCGAGCUGUCCUCCGUCACGGCCAACACGGAGAAAGCCACCGAGAGCACCACCAUCAUGAUUGAUGUCCAAGACUCCACUGUGGUACAGAUUAGCAACAAGACGGAUGGAGAAGCCAGCCCCUUAAAGGAGGCAGAGACAAAAGAGGAUGAGGGGAAAGAGAAGAAGAAACGGAAGAAGGAGAAAAGCUCAGAGACGGGCAAAGCGAUGGUGCCUCAUAGCUCCAUGUUUAUCUUCAGCACGACAAACCCAGUGCGGAGAGCCUGCCAUUACAUCGUGAACCUGCGCUACUUCGAGAUGUGCAUCCUCCUGGUGAUUGCCGCAAGCAGCAUUGCCCUGGCAGCAGAGGACCCUGUCCUGACCAACUCUGACAGGAAUAAAGUCCUGAGGUAUUUUGACUAUGUUUUCACGGGUGUCUUCACCUUUGAGAUGAUUAUAAAGAUGAUAGACCAGGGCUUGAUCCUGCAGGACGGCUCUUACUUCCGAGACCUCUGGAACAUCCUGGAUUUCAUCGUGGUAGUCGGGGCACUGGUGGCUUUUGCCUUGGCGAAUACAUUGGGGACCAACAAAGGCCGGGAUAUCAAAACCAUUAAGUCUCUGCGUGUGCUCCGGGUCUUGAGGCCUCUGAAGACCAUUAAACGAUUGCCCAAACUCAAGGCUGUCUUUGACUGUGUAGUGACUUCCCUGAAGAAUGUCUUCAACAUACUUAUCGUCUACAAGCUCUUCAUGUUCAUCUUCGCAGUCAUCGCUGUCCAGCUGUUCAAGGGCAAAUUUUUCUACUGUACGGACAGCUCUAAGGACACACAGAAGGAUUGCAUAGGCAACUACGUGGACCAUGAGAAAAACAAGAUGGAAGUGAAGUGUCGUGAAUGGAAGCGCCAUGAAUUUCACUACGACAACAUCAUUUGGGCUUUGCUUACGCUCUUCACUGUCUCCACUGGAGAGGGGUGGCCACAGGUGCUGCAGCAUUCAGUGGAUGUUACUGAGGAGGACCGGGGGCCCAGCCGCAGUAACCGCAUGGAGAUGUCCAUUUUUUACGUGGUAUAUUUUGUGGUCUUCCCUUUCUUCUUUGUCAACAUCUUUGUGGCUCUCAUCAUCAUCACUUUCCAGGAGCAAGGAGACAAAAUGAUGGAGGAGUGCAGUCUGGAGAAGAACGAGAGGGCAUGCAUUGACUUUGCCAUUAGUGCCAAACCUCUCACGCGCUACAUGCCUCAAAACCGACACACCUUCCAGUACCGUGUCUGGCACUUUGUGGUCUCCCCAUCCUUUGAGUACACCAUCAUGGCCAUGAUAGCACUGAAUACCGUUGUGCUAAUGAUGAAGUACUAUUCUGCGCCCUACACAUAUGAGCUGGCUCUUAAGUACCUGAACAUCGCAUUUACCAUGGUGUUCUCAUUGGAAUGUGUCCUGAAGAUCAUAGCUUUUGGCUUCCUGAAUUAUUUCCGGGACACCUGGAACAUCUUUGACUUCAUCACUGUGAUUGGCAGCAUCACCGAAAUCAUCUUGACAGAUACCAAGCUGGUGAACACCAGCAGCUUCAACAUGAGCUUCCUGAAGCUGUUCCGGGCUGCUCGCCUCAUCAAACUGCUCCGCCAGGGCUACACCAUCCGUAUCCUGCUGUGGACCUUUGUGCAGUCCUUCAAGGCCCUCCCAUAUGUCUGUCUCUUGAUCGCUAUGCUUUUCUUCAUAUAUGCAAUCAUUGGGAUGCAGGUUUUUGGGAAUAUCAAAUUAGAUGAAGAAAGCCACAUUAACCGUCACAACAACUUCCGCAGCUUCCUGGCCUCCCUUAUGCUCCUUUUUAGGAGUGCCACGGGUGAGGCAUGGCAGGAGAUCAUGCUGUCAUGCCUGCAAGGCAAAGGCUGUGAGCCAGACACCACGGCAACGUCCGGACAGCACGAGAAUGAGCACUGUGGCACGGAUCUGGCUUACGUGUACUUCGUCUCCUUCAUCUUCUUUUGCUCCUUCCUGAUGCUCAAUCUGUUUGUGGCUGUCAUCAUGGACAAUUUUGAAUACCUGACUCGGGAUUCCUCCAUCCUGGGGCCUCAUCACUUAGAUGAGUUUGUCCGGAUCUGGGCGGAGUAUGACAGAGCUGCGUGUGGCCGCAUCCAUUACACUGAGAUGUAUGAAAUGCUGACUCUCAUGUCACCACCGCUAGGCCUCGGCAAGAGAUGUCCCUCCAAAGUGGCCUAUAAGAGGCUGGUGCUGAUGAACAUGCCUGUGGCCGAGGACAUGACGGUCCAUUUCACCUCUACCUUGAUGGCUCUGAUCCGUACGGCACUGGACAUCAAAAUCGCUAAAGGUGGUGCAGACUGGCAACAGUUGGAUUCGGAGCUGCAAAAGGAGAUUCUGGCCAUCUGGCCUCACCUGUCCCAGAAGAUGCUGGACGUACUAGUGCCCCUGCCAAAAACUUCUGACCUGACGGUGGGCAAAAUAUAUGCAGCCAUGAUGAUCAUGGACUACUAUAAGCAGAGCAAAGCAAAGAAGCAGAAACAGCAGCUGGAGGAACAGAAAAAUGCCCCUAUGUUCCAGCGCAUGGAGCCCUCAUCUCUGCCUCCAGAGAUCCUUUCUAAUGCCAAAGCUUUGCCUUACCUCCAGCAGGACACCCUUUCAGGCCUGAGCAGCCGGAGUGGGUACCCGUCGCUGAGUCCACUCUCUCCUCAAGAGAUAUUCCAAUUGGCUUGUAUGGAUUCGACACAUGGGCAGUUCCAGGAGCAGCAAUCUCUGGAGCCAGAGGUUAGAGAGUUUCAAAGCGUGCAGCCCUCUAACCGUGGCAACUAUCUCCCCGUGGACACUCAGGAGCGCGCUGUAUCUGGGAGGGCCUCCUCCAUGCCACGCCUGACUGUGGAUCCCCAGGUGGUUACAGACACAAGCUCUAUGAGACGAUCAUUCUCCACCAUCCGGGACAAGCGUCCUAACAGCUCCUGGCUGGAUGAGUUCUCCAUGGAGCGAAGCAGUGAAAACACGUACAAGUCACGCCGGCGCAGUUACCACUCCUCGCUGCAGCUGUCUGCUCGCCGCCUGAAUGCAGACUCAGGCCACAGGUCCGAGACACAUCGCUCGGGCGGAAGAGAACGAGGGCGAUCCAAAGAACGCAAGCACCUGCUGUCCCCAGACAUCUCCCGCUGCAACUCGGAGGAGAGGAGUCCGCAGGCAGAUGGCGAGUCUCCUGUCCGGCGCCAGUCCAGGUCACCCAGCGAGGGCAGGUCACAGACGCCAAACAGGCAGGGCACGGGCUCCCUGAGUGAAAGCUCCAUCCCCUCUAUAUCUGACACCAGCACCCCGAGACGAGGUCGCCGGCAACUCCCUCCGGUCCCCCCGAAGCCACGGCCGCUCCUCUCCUAUGCCUCCAUGAUGCGGCACCCUGGUGACACAUCCCCACAGCCCGAUGAGAGCGAGGGGGGGUCCCCUCUAUUUUCCCAGGCGCUGGAGACGAACGACACCUGCCUGACCGAGUCUUCCAGCUCUCCGCAGGGAAAGCAGAGCCGGCACUCCACUCCCCAGCGGUACAUCUCGGAGCCAUACCUGGCCCUGCAUGACGACUCCCAUGCCUCAGACUGCGGCGAGGAGGAGACACUCACCUUUGAGGCUGCUGUCGCCACCAGCCUUGGCCGCUCCAACACCAUCGGGUCAGCCCCUCCCUUGCGGCACGGCUGGCAGAUGCCCAACGGGCACUACAGGAGAAGGAGGAGAGGGGCAGCACAGGGGGUGAUGUGUGGGGCUAGCAUCGACGUGCUAAGUGAUACGGAAGAAGAUGACAAGUGCUAGAGGCCGCUCCCUCCUUCUGUUGCAUGCUCUUCGCCACGCGUGGGAAUGAAACGAACCCAAAAUCAAAUGCAGGAGAAAUAAAAUCUUUGUGCAAAAAAACUUUGAACCCGCUGACCCCUCCCCCCCCUUUUUUCUGCACAAAGAAGCAUUUGAUUCGCUUGCACACCUCUGGUCCAGUAAGGCUCAUGCACCAGUGGGAUGAGUGUGGAAACCAUGGAAAUGCCCCUCCCAAGCAAAACAGGACUUUAUGCCUAUGGGAAACCAGAGGGUGGAUCUGCUGCCAAGCAAAACUCAGCAGAAAGCAGCCAGGACCAUGAGAUUUAUUUGUAUUUGCCUUGGUCCCUUGAAGCUUGGCAAAAGAUCCCAGCAGGCGGCUUUGGGCAUGUUUCAUUUUUCCCUUGGGAAGUCGGAGUGGGAGGAUUGAGACAGAUGCGGGGCCCUUCCAGAGAAACGGACACCAUCACUGGGGUUCUCUUGUGCUGCCCGUGGCUUUUGGUUUGCUUCCCAGAUGCAUUAGCAACAAAACUGC